AUGUCUUCCGGUAAGCCAAUUUCGAUCUCCAUCCAACCCCUCAACUACGCCGACAUCCCCGUCUGCGCCCGCAUUACCUCAUCGGCUUUCUCCGUCGACCCCCACACUAUCGUAAAGCAAUUAGGCCGAAAGCCUUUUGAUAUGUAUGACAUAUCCCGUUCCGGCUUUUUCGAUACUCUGCAUAGGAAAACAUACAUCUACGUCAAAGCCGUGGAUGAGGAAACGGGCGGAAUUGUUGGGCACGCCGGGUGGGCAUUUAGGGGUUUAGAUCCAGCGCUAGUUCCGUGGAAUGGACCCGGAGACACGAAGCCGGCGGAGGAAGAGCAAGAGCGACGGCAAACGAAGAAUGACGAAACGGAUGAGCAUGAAUGCGCUGAGGGAAAGGAGAAGAACUCUAUCGAUCGUCUCCACGCCCUUGAAGACGCCGAUAUGCAAUUAUGGCUAUCUGAUCUAGUCCCCUCGGAUACGCCUUGCAUCUUCGUUAUUGGCCUUACCGUAUCACCUUCAUACCAAUCCCGAGGUGUAGGCAGUGCCCUACUACGAUACGGGAAUUCUAUAGCCGACGACCUGGGCCUCUCCAUGUGGGUACAUUCGUCGCAUCAGGCGUACGAAGCAUAUAAGAAAUUCGGGUUCGAGACCACGAAAGAGCUGGAUAUAGACUUGGAUGAGUAUGCACCGAGGGGACCGACAGAGGGGAGAGGAAGUAAUGGGAAAUAA